GUAGGACUUUGACAUUAAAUAAUUGCCAGCUCGCCCAUAGCCAGCAACUCAAGAAGACUUUAUACUUUGAGCUCCUCAUUGUUUACACUAUCAACAGAUAUUUCUCUGCUACCAUAACUAUCUUGCAAUUUUUAUUGAACUUCCAAUUCUAUUUUUUUUUUAGAUCAUUUGCAGGUGCCAGAAAAUACUGCAAUGGUAAAGGGUAAAAGAUGGCAAUCUGAAGAGGUUGCCAAGCUGAAGGAGAUCUGUAGCCGUCAGGCAUAUAUUAGCAUACGCGGAUCGAAUAAUCCAUUCUGGGAGAUGGUUGCCGGUGAGAUGGAAACAUAUGGAUGGAAUCGACAAGCACAUGCCAUUUAUUUUAAGUGGAUGCGUCUGAAUCAACCACCUCGACCGAAAUCGUCAAAGAAAAAUUCAUUUGGUUAUGGGGAUUCCAGUGAUACGGAGGGCGAAGAAAGAGGCGAAGAGGAAAUUGAAGACUAUGAGGGAGAGACUGACACUAAAAGUGACGUUCUGUUUCAAAUUAGGUCCGGAGACGAUGCUUCUAAACCUUGGGCGAAAGGAAGCAACUGGUCGGAUGAGGAGAGUGAGAUUGCAUACCAAUGCAUCAAAACCCAGCGAGAUAAGGAGAAAGAACUCAAACUUGAACCCAUCACGGCGGAUCAAAUUUGGCAUAUGGUGGCAGAGGCUUUAGAACAGCAUCAGAUCUACCGAAAAAUUCCAAACAUUUACACCUACUGGAAAAAUAAGGGGAGAGAAAAGUACAACUUCGAUGAAAGAACUGCAGAUGCGAUUGAGAAAUCCUCGCGUGGAAUACCUCGAGUUCGUGGAGGGAAGGCUGCACAAAAUUCUCCGGGACAUACAGCGUCUAAAGUUUAUACUUGGCUUUCGAUGCCUGAAUCCUCAACCGAAGACCAUUUACAGAACAAUUCGAAGGCUGAGAUGACUAUGGAAGAUCUACAAGUCCUGAUUUCACCUUGGCAGCAUGAUCUGCUGAUGGUUCAGUAUAAAAUAUACAAUCGUAUAGACAACCCCGUGGUGAACCAGUUGACGGAAGAUACUGGUUUGAGCAGAGAACAGAUCAAGUUGUGGUAUAAAUAUCAGAGAGCUAUGGAUGCGAAAGAAGCAAAGCUUCAGAAGGAAGUUGAGCUACAGACCGAAGAACUAUCCACUCCCAUUCUUGAUGAACCGGAAUUGCAAAGCACAGGAUUAAAGCGUUAUCGCGUGUCAGACAUUGGUUAUUAUCAUCAAGCAGAGGAGGAACCAGCUAAAAGAGUCCGCCACAGUCUGGGCCCGGAGAUUCUGAUGAAAAAUCAUGGAGGAAUUCUGGUUGACUCAAAAUCUCAGGACAAACCCGAGAUUUUUGGUCGCCACUCAAUUGUACCAGAACAGAAUGAACUUUCAACAAAUGAUGUUGCAAUAUCAACUAUCGAAGUCCAACAACCUUCUCUCGAAUCUGCAACGCAAAGAAACAUUCCGGACAGUACAUCUAAUGUGACGAGCGUGAUGAGAGAAAAUCGGGAAUUGGAACAACAAAAAGUACACGCGGCCGAGGAGAAAUAUAGAGAAUUGGAACUCGCUAUCAUUGCUCACAAGAACAGAGCAGAUCUGGAGCUUAAGGCUGCAAUUGCAAAAGAACAGGAGCUUACAGUUCAGCAGGAAAUCCGCGAGAAAGCCACGAAGCGUAUUGCGAUGAUUGAAAGCUUCAUCGAUGACUACUGAGUGUAUUGUGCUAUAGGGAUGGCAAUGUAAUUUCUUGGGGUUGAAAAAAGUUUGUUUCUAUGUCUCUACUUUAGUUGGGGGUUUUCACUACUCGAGUUAUUUUCGUUGAUAAUAUCGACCUUGAAAGAUACCCAUCGACAUGUUUUUGAUUCUUCCUACUCGUCUUGGGGAUUUGAAUUCCUUUUAUGGGCCAUGGGGUACUUUCUUGCUUUCUCUUUAUGAUAAUUAUGUAUACAUAUAGAACGACUUUAACAAAGGGCA